UCAAAAGAACAAAGUGCAGGCUCUUCCAUGGAAGAAAAACCAAAGACAAGUGUGGGUUUGCAAUUUUAUGCUCAGAUGUCUGAGGUAUGUUUUGUUUCACUUUGUUGUGUUACCAUUGUAUGAAAGAGGGCAUUGCAACAUGAAAAACGGAGAACACAAGGAAGCAAUUCUUUCCUGCUGUUUCCACUUUGUGUGAUUUUUUAACACCUUUGUUGGAGACCAAAUGUCUGGUGUGACUCAGGAUUCCUCCCGGGCACUUUGGUUAAGCAUUUCCAGUUUCCUGCUGCAGUUUGCUGCUUACAUACAAGUUAGGAUAAAAUUUUAAAAAAAAAAAAAAAGGCAACUGCUAUCACCUUGUGUUUCACCUGGUGAAUCUCAAAGCAGUAGGGUCUCUGUGGUGUUUGUAGGAAGUCUUUCACACAGGUGCUGUACUUUCUCAAAUUGUCCCCACUUUCAGCAAACUCCCGCUAGACUUUGCACUGUUAUAUUUUUUAAUAAGAUUUGGAGAAAGCAGUAAAAAAAAAAAGUGAUUAUUUGCCACAGGUCUGUCGUGCAGAGUUGUGCCAUUCUGGAGGCCAGCAAGUGUGGCACUGUUCCUUUUGGGCGUGGCAGGUUUGGCCAGGCCAAGCCGGGCUCCCUCACAGGGCCGGGUGCUGCCCGCCCUGCUCUGGGCUCAUUGCCCCAGGGCUGAGCUCGGCCUCACCCGAGCCGUGGGUCGGCACUGUCCCAGCACAGCCCUGGCUGGAUGCUCUGCAGGAGGAUCCAUCUCUCCCUGCCUUCGGCCCGCCACGGCUGGCCCUUGGGAGGCAGAGGAGGUGUUUUGCUGUGGGUGCAGCUCGAAGGGCUGGCCUCAGGAGCUGGGAUCCUGGCGGAGGCAGUUAGGUGGAGCGGGUUUUCCUGCAAUUGUAGGGGAGAUUUUCCUGUUGUGUUUCAGUCACAACUGUCUUGCAGUUGCAGACGCAGUCGGUGCUGCCACAGGAUUACUGGGGCAGUGCUGGGCUCUGCUGCCUGUCCCAGCUGGGCUGCUGGUGGUUCCUGGAGGGUCAGCGUGCUCCCUGUCUCCGCAGCCAUGCUGCCCACAGAAGAUGUAGGGCGGGAUCCAGCGAUAGCUGAUCAGCUUCCCUGGAUUUCGCUGACGCCACAGGAAAGCUUUGCCUGAAGAUGGAAACACUGGAGUCAGAACUGACCUGCCCUAUCUGUCUGGAGCUGUUUGAAGACCCGCUGCUGCUGCCUUGCGCUCACAGCCUCUGCUUCAACUGCGCACACCGCAUCCUGGUCUCCCACUGCGCCACCAACGAGCCAGUGGAGUCUAUCACCGCCUUCCAGUGCCCGACCUGCCGCUAUGUCAUCACCCUCAGCCAGCGCGGUCUAGACGGGCUCAAGCGCAACGUCACCCUGCAGAACAUCAUCGACAGGUUUCAGAAAGCCUCCGUCAGCGGGCCCAACUCCCCCAGCGAGACCCGCCGGGAGCGGGCGUUCGAUAACAACAGCAUGUCGUCCUGCGAGAAGGUGCUCUGCCAGUUCUGCGACCAGGACCCUGCCCAGGAGGCAGUGAAAACCUGUGUUACCUGUGAGGUGUCCUACUGCGAGGAGUGCCUGAAAGCCACUCACCCCAACAAGAAGCCCUUCACCGGCCACCGUCUCAUCGAGCCCAUCCCGGACUCUCACAUCAGAGGAUUAAUGUGCUUGGAGCAUGAGGACGAGAAAGUUAACAUGUACUGUGUGACUGAUGACCAGUUAAUCUGUGCCUUGUGUAAACUGGUCGGGCGACACCGUGACCAUCAGGUGGCAGCUUUAAGUGACCGCUAUGACAAGCUAAAGCAAAAUUUGGAGAGUAACCUCACCAACCUUAUUAAGAGGAACACUGAACUGGAAACUCUUCUGGCAAAACUCAUUCAGACCUGUCAACAUGUAGAAGUAAAUGCAUCCCGCCAAGAAACCAAGCUGAUGGAAGAAUGUGACCAACUUAUUGAAAUAAUCCAGCAAAGACGGCAAAUAAUUGGAACCAAAAUCAAAGAAGGAAAGGUGGUGAGGCUGAGAAAACUGGCUCAGCAGAUUGCAAACUGCAAGCAGUGCAUUGAGCGCUCAACGUCCCUCAUCUCGCAGGCGGAGCAGUCACUGAAGGAGAACGACCACGCUCGCUUCCUGCAGACUGCCAAAAAUAUCACUGAAAGGGUUUCCAUGGCAACUGCAUCCUCCCAGGUUCUAAUUCCUGAAAUUAAUCUCAAUGAUACUUUUGAUACUUUCGCACUUGAUUUUACCAGAGAGAAGAAAUUGUUGGAAUGCCUUGAUUACCUUACAGCUCCCAACCCUCCCACCAUUCGGGAAGAGCUCUGUACAGCCUCCUAUGAUACCAUCACUGUGCACUGGACAUCAGAUGAUGAGUUCUGUGUGGUUUCCUAUGAGCUGCAGUACACCAUCUUCACUGGACAAGCCAACGUUGUUAGUUUAUGCAACUCAGCCGACAGCUGGAUGAUUGUUCCCAAUAUCAAACAGAACCACUACACGGUGCACGGGUUGCAGAGUGGCACCAAGUACAUCUUCAUUGUCAAGGCCAUCAAUCAGGCUGGCAGCCGCAGCAGCGAGCCUGGCAAGCUCAAGACAAACAGUCAGCCAUUUAAACUGGACCCCAAAUCUGCUCAUAGAAAGUUGAAAGUGUCUCAUGAUAACUUGACAGUGGAGCGGGAUGAAACAUCCUCCAAGAAGAGCCACACCCCAGAGCGAUUCACGAGCCAGGGCAGCUACGGCGUGGCUGGCAACGUCUUCAUCGACAGCGGGCGGCACUACUGGGAGGUGGUGAUAAGCGGCAGCACAUGGUAUGCUAUUGGCAUUUCCUACAAGUCAGCACCGAAGCACGAGUGGAUUGGCAAGAAUUCUGCCUCCUGGGUGCUCUGCCGCUGCAAUAACACGUGGGUGGUGCGGCACAACAGCAAAGAAAUCCCCAUCGAGCCCGCGCCUCACCUCCGGCGCGUCGGGAUUUUGCUGGACUACGACAACGGUUCCCUUGCCUUUUAUGAUGCUUUGAACUCCCUACACCUUUACACUUUUGACAUUACAUUUGGCCAGCCAGUGUGCCCCACGUUCACGGUGUGGAAUAAAUGUUUGACCAUUAUAACAGGCUUGCCCAUCCCUGACCACCUGGACUCCUCCGAGCAGCUCGCGUGAGUGCUGAAAGCCGAAAGGUAGGAGCACACAUCUUCCAGGGCGGCCAGGCAGGGCCACCAGGAGCUCACCCAGAGCUGGAGCAUCCAUGUGGCAUCCCAGACAAUGCUGCCAAAUUUGGGCAAAACUGACAAGGACAGAAUAUCUCUUCCUGUGUAUUUUGUACUGAAGGACAAGAAGUGGCUUUAAUAGUACCUUAGAACUCUUUUUUUCAGUUGUUUUUGUUUGGUUGGUUUUGUAUUUCAUCUCCUACAGGAAGAUUUAUAAAUUAUUUAUAAAAAUGAAAAAAAAAGAGAAAAGUGAAAGCCUAGUAUGGACAUCUGGGAAAUGACUUCUUGUUUUUUUGGGAAGGGGGGGUUUUUUGCACAUUGGUGGUCCUGUUAAUUAAAGUUUCAUCAGCCUUUUGAAUAAUUUUAUUUUACAGUGGAUAAUAGAAGAAAAUUGGAAAGAUGAAAACUGCAUAGUGGACAAGUCAGUAUACUUCAGGUUUUACUUGUACCAACAUUAGCGGUCUCAUUACCAGCCUUGUCGAGUGUGAGAGCUCUCAAUUUCUACUUUGCACAUGGGAAUGUGCAGACCAAAAGAACAAAAAUAAGCGAGUGAGGAAGUGAAGCUCGCCAACACAGCAAAAGAAUAAAGUUUAAUUUACUUCUGUUCACAGGGCAUUGCUCUCUCUGUUCAUAAAAAACAUGUGGAGUAUCUCCUAGAAAUGUGAGUGGAUAAAUCAUCUGGUGAUUUAUUUUAUUGAUGGCAAUAUUCCCUUCUACCAGUGCUUCACUUUCGUCUUUGGGAAACAUUAUAGAAUCACUGAGGAUGUGGAGGCCCAAUACCAUCUCUGAGAAUCAGCAGCACUGGAGGAGAGCAGCCAAUCCAAGGUCUGACUGUAGACUAAUUUGAUAGAGCACGGCAUCAUUUAAGGAUUGAUUGUAAUGGAAGAUGUCACAGUUCUGAUGGCAGACGUGAAUGCUUAUUGCUGAUUUUACAAGGUUCAACAUAGCAAGCCCAGCCAACCGCUCGGAAGUGAGACAUGUGCCACUUUACCAUUGGUUUUAAAUUAAAUACAAAUGUUUCAUUGUCAUACACUGUGUAGUGUCUACAACAAAGCAAGAAAAUCUGUUUUGCAUGUGCUGGAUGGAGAAACACUGUAGCUGGAGUUUGCUCAUACUUAUCAUUGUCCCAGGUUGUUUGGGAAAGCACAGUUCACUUUGUGAAUGAAAAGUAAAGAGUGAGCUUUCAGCAACAGUAGAAAUCUGCACAGGGAGACCCUAUGUUCAUCCUGGUGUUGGUAGAAGAGCUUCAAUGAAGGCAAUAGAGGUUCUAUGUACUUUAUCUCAGAGCUGAAUCAGGUGCAUUUUUUCUUUUCCCCUUUACAGAUAAAAGCUUUUUGUAAUUAUUGCAAUGCUUAUGUAUAAAUUAUCAUUUUGGGAGAUGAUUGAGGCGUAUGACAACUUUAAAAGAAUGGUUUUCCUGCAGUGUUUUGUUAUUAUUAUGCAAGUGGUGAAUAUCUGCCUGUGUAGAGAAAAGAUAAAUUGAAUAUCAGCUUUAAAGAUUUGCUCAGUAAUUUAUAACCAUGCUUUAGGUGUCUUUUGAAAAAGAUGCUUUAAUGCACUUUGUUCAGUAAUGGGUCCAAAAUAAAAUGGUCCCAAGCUCAGCUUCAGAUUUUUUUAAUACUGAUUCUCCAGGUACAAAGCUCUACUACAGUUUGCCUUAGGAUUAUAUAAAAAUUUAUGAACAAGAUGAGGAGAAUAUUUACAUGCCUGUUUGUUUGGGGGUUUUUUUAAUAGAAAAUAAAUGCCUUUCCAUGUUUCUUUGAUUUCCCUUUACAUGCCCUGCUAACUGCUGAAUUAAAUGGAGAAAAAUCUGGCAGUACAUUGCUGAUACCAUGGCUUUCAGCUGGGCAACAUCCCAUAGUUCACAGGUAGGAGCCACUGAUCUUUCCCAAGUAGACAUAAAAAGACAAAGGUUGUACAUAUAGUGAACCUCACUGUUUAUCAUAGUGUCAGUAAUAAUCAAGAAACGUAUACCCUCAAAAAUGAAAAAGUAAAUCAGUCCCCAAGCAUCUGAGUAAAAUGCUACUGGUACAAUCUGAUGCACAAUGCCCAGAUGACCUCACCUGGGAUGCUGGGAGCUAGCUGAGAUGGUAUGAAAAUUUUGAAAAUUAGUUGACAGAAGAUGUCUGAUGCAAAGCAGUGAUAAAAGGAUGCAUGAAGAAAGGACUUUUAUUCUAGGGUUAUUGCCAAGUUUCUGCCUAAAAGGAAAGAGUGAAUUACCAAAGUACAUGUAGCAAGGCUGUGUGUCUUCUCUUUUGCAAGAAAUAUUAGAUCUAGAAGCUGAUUUCAGUAGUGGAUAAACUGAAAACACUGCUCAGUGUUUGCUUAUACAAUGUUGGCAGAGAUUGAGCUGGAUGGAAAUAUAACCAUUGAAUUUGGAGAGGUCCCAAAUGAUUUCACAUAUUUUCAUUGUAAAGAUAGAGCAUGAGUCUGAAGAGAGAUUGUGGUUUUGGCCACGGGAAAAAGGAUGGUCUUUCAUCUACAGACCUUGCUGUAUCAUCUUUAUUUUAACACAGAAUACUUCAUUUGGAGCUAAGCCACAUUUCUCCAAUGUCCUAUUAACUCAGUCAGUACUCUUUGUGCACAUAUGUUUGUGUAUAUAUGUACACAUAUGUAUGGGUAUACACACACCAGCAUAUGCACAAAUAUAGUGUGUAAUUUGUGUAUACACACACAUAUGUAUAUACACAGGCAAAGUGGCAGCAAUUAAUCAGGUGUUCCUUUUUUGCUUGUUUCUUGGAAAAUUUCGUAUUCUGUAUGACAAUGAGGAAACAAGUUUGCUAUGAAUAGUAUUCUUCUGGACGUUUUUUAACAAACAAAAUCUGUUUAUUUUACAAUACUUGAUUCAAUGCCUGAUUAAUCAAUAAAAACUUCCAUUUGAAAAUGUAGCUUCUGUGGUCUGUGACAUUUUGCAUGGUCCAUAGUAAUGAAUUGAAAUCUGGGGGAACAAGUAAUCCUUGUAUAAAAAUAAAAUAUGGUACUUUAAUGUAGCAAGCAGUCUUAGAUGAGGAUUUUUCCCUUUUUUUUGAAAGUUUUGUGACUAGGAAUAAAGUAACUUUAUAUAAUGCUGUCUUUAACAAAUGCAGAUUUUUGAGGAUAUAUCUGCUGAGAUGCAAGCAAUGAAAGUGGUAGAUAAAGCCUGUGUUGGUACAAUGAUUGUUUCAAAAGUGUACUAAAAAUUUGGGGUUCAGCAGAAUUAGAGCAAACAAUAACACAAUCUCUUUAGGAGAUAGUAGCAGCUCAGAGUUGUGUUGAGCUUGAGGAAAUGGAAGGGUGGGGGACUAUUUUUCUCUGAGACCAGAUAAGAUUUUCCAUGUGUUUGACUUUUAUGUGUUAAUGCACACCUAAUAGGGAAAAAAAAUCAUGCUAAAAUGGGCUAUAUGUCAUAAAUUAUUUACUAGACUGUCUCCAGUCUACUGUAUUUUCCCAUUGUUGGCUUUCAGAGAGCAAUAAAGUUGCUGUUUUUUCUGCCAUUAGUUUAUUUUUUAUGAUUUUUGGGUAUCCCAUUUUUCCAUUGCUCAACAAAGAGACUCUCAGUUAGCAGAGGGUCCCAAGGGUAGGAUGCAUAAAAGUCUCUCAGGUCUGGAUACACUGUGAAAAGCAGGAAGUCUGCAAGUACAGGUGAAAACACAUUUUUCAUUAUUUUAGCAAUAGUAGGUCACUAAACACCAGUGUGCAUCAUCUGUUUUGGUCCUGUGUCUUAAUUGCAAACACUAUAUUCUUUACACAUUAGAAAAUGCAACAGGACACUAUUGAGAGCACAAAUUAAAAUGGCAGCUCAUUAACCAGUUCAUUUUGAGAUGGCCAGACUUUAUAGCUGAGGGACUGUGGGAGAUUCCAUUAAAAUAUUAUUUAAUAAUACAGUAAAUAUUUCUUUUUUAAUUGGUCUUAUAAAACAGAUCUCUAGGUAGUUAGCAGAUUCUGCUUUUAGCUGCAGCAGCACAAUUUUCAGAUAAGCCCAUGAAACAAAGUGAGGAUUGCUAGUGGCUCUCAUCUGUGUCACCGAAACUGAGGGUAUUCAUUUUAGUUGGAAAGGCUGUUUUAUUUUGAGGUUGAGAAAUGAAGAAGAGCUGACCCCCACAGUAAGUGCUCACCAGUACCUCAGCACUGGCCAGGGCACACCUGGCCUGAAGGCCCUCAGUGGGGCAGCUUUGGGGAGCUGGUGGUGAACAAAAACAUGCACAAGUUGCUUAUGGAGUGAUGUGCUGGGAGUUUAACUGUUACACCAUUUCUCAUGUAUUUUUACAUACUGAUUUUUAUCAUUCUGAAAGUGUGUCUUGAAAUAGAGGGAUGUAAAAUAGAGUAUUUUCCUGUCUUACUGAGUUGCUUGCCCAUAUACAAAUGAGCACAAUGUUUUUGUCUUCUCCACAUUGAGAAAAAUCCCACUCAAUGCAAGUGCUGGUAUUGAACUGUUUGUAUUUAAUAUGCUUUCUGAAAUUAAAGAAACCCUCUUUACAUUUUAACUAUUGAUUUAGUACUUGAUAUAGUAAAAAAUUAAGACACUAAAGAGCAAUGAUAUUAACAAUGAUAUUUCAGUGUGGGCUAGACCCUUGGUUUGAACUGUGACAUUUAGGGCAUCCGUGUACAUAAAUCAAAUCUCUGUGCCAGAAACAUUAAAUUGUCAUUCAUGUGGGAGUUGAACAGUGCAGGUGCAAGUGUUUCCUUCUGAGGUAGGCUUUUGCAUUAACUCCGCUCUUUGAGUGGAAUAUUCUGUUUCUUUAAUUUUUUUAAGCUGGUUUUCUGAUUCAAGUGCAGGCCCAGUUAAUGAGACUGUAAAUAAUACAAUCAUUCAUCAUGUUACUAAUUUUAGCAAGCCCUGCCAUAUCAUGUGCCUCUGGCAGGUUGCUGAAUACCUCAGCUGCAAUCUCAACCUUUACAACCUCACCUCCAACAUGAGGACUGAUGCUUAAGAUGCUGACCAAGUGUGUAACUUUCCCAGGUGGGAUUCAUCCUGCUUUGAGUAAGGAAUUCCAGCACAAAUCAUGAUACCAGUUAAAGGUGAGGGACACAUAUAUUGCACAAGGGUGAUAUAGGAAAGAUAUGGGCUAGAAAACCAUCACUGUUGAGGCAGUUCUGGUUUAGAAGUGCAAGAAUAUAUUAGGAAGUUGUGAAGUCUUCUACUACAUUGUGAUCAACAGUGGCAUUAUUACUGCUGCCUGAGAGAGGAAUGGAGUAGCAAAAGAGGGAGUUCUGGAGCAAUGCUGAGAGAGAUCACUCAGAGUGACAGGGCAGCUGAAAACCUGCCACCAUGCCUUCCUUGGCACCAUGCUGCAGCUCUCAAAGCAAGCCUGCACCUAUUAAUCCUUUUGUUCCAGCUCAGCCUCAACCCACAUUCCCAAAUGACAGGAAAAAUAAUAUUGCAAUUACAUAUUUGAAAGCCUAACCUGAAUAAAAGCAGCAGGGCAGGGAUGACAGCCCUGGGCCUUGAUCCUCCUUUAUUCACCCAGAUUUUUACAUCUGCUGACUUCAAAGGAGAUAGUCCUGAUUUACACAGAGGUAGGUACAAGACCAUGAAUCUUCACUUUCCAAAGAGUCAAACCCGAGUGGAGCAGGAGCCCCUGUGAGAACAGCUCAGACUUCCCAGUAAAUCAUGUCUUUGGAGAAAGCACUUUAGCUGCUAGCAAAACUUCAGUUUCUCAUGAGCUGUUUCCCAAGGCCAGCACAGGUGUGUUUUAAAAUGUCUGGUUCCUUUAAAAUGUAUGGCUCAGUAACAUUCUUCUUGGGUGAAUUGUUCAGGCAGUGCUUUGCUGUUUCCUCCAAGUGUGGGAACAAUUCUCUUAGCAGGUGUUGUGUUACUUUCAUAAAAUCUUGAGAUUGACAAGUUAUAAUAUAAUGCUCUAUCUAGCAUAAGACUAUUGUUGUUGGACUUCCAUUUAAAAAGAGAUAAUAGCUAAAAAGUUUAGAAGUCUGCUUCCUUUAACUGUCCUUAUUUAUAUAGUUAUUUGAAUUCAUGGAAUUCAUUUCCUCUUAAGGAAUAGCACCUCAUUUCUUGUUAAUACACAUGGACAGAUAGUAAUUAGGAGUAUUCCUGAAAAUUAUUAACCCUUAAAAUAGUUUAUAAUCAAACCUUUAAAAGGCAGCAGAUGGAGGCUUUGUGUUUUUUAUAGUCAUUGAACAGGAAAAAAACAGCUAUAGCUGUUUAGAUCACUGAAAGGUAACAAAUGACAGCUAACUGCUACAUGACAGGAUGGGAAAAGUUUUCAUUAGCAAUUUUUUACUUCACUCUCAUUUUUAUUUUACUUGGAAAACAGACUAUUCCACUUGAAAAUGUUUCUCUGAUAUUCUUCUAUUUCUUCACCUUUCUUUUGUUUUCAGUCUCAUUUUUAAAUAUUAGAGAGGCAAGAAGUGUGAGUUUCAAAAAGUUGGCUUUAUUUUUUUUAUUUUCUUUAAAAUUACCAUUUUCAGGAUGUGGACAAGAAAUUAAAUGAGAAGUCAAAAUACUAAUGCAAUAUGGUAACUUGAAUGUUGAGAAUAUUUUUGAAGCAUAAUUUUAAAAAGGAAUGCAGAUAAACCUGUCACUCUUCUACAAUUACUGAAUUAUUUGGCUUCAUUAUUCUGGGCUUAAUGGCAUUUCUCUCUAAUUAAAACAGCACUAGGAGAUCUGAUUAAGGAGCACAAGCAGAGAGAUAGUAGAUUAUUUUAGGAUAACCCUGGAACCAGCUCCCUUUAAUAGCAGUAAUUUAUAUACUCAACCUCAUUAAUGUCAGCUUGGGGGUUUGGGGGUUCUUUUUUUUAUUAUUAAAUUGUGUGUCCUCACUAACAGUAGUUCAUAGCCUAGAAGUAUGUGUCUUUCUUUGGAAGCAUAGAUUCCAAUCCCUUAUUCUAUUGGGAUUCUAUUCCCUUAUGGAAUAGUAACAAGGUCCUCCCUGUGGCAGGUGUGAAGGUGGUGCCAACAUAGUGAGAACAUCUCCCACCAGCAGAGGAUUGUUUGAUCUAUAUUUCUGUUAUCUUGUUUUUGCAAGUAGAAGUGAUGGCCAGAGGAUGAAGUAGAUUCAUCCAAAUUUGUAGGUAUAGGAAGAUGUGAAAAGCCCCUAUUACAUUAAUAUUUACAACCAGUAGCACGCACAACCCAAAAUUAGAAAUUAGCAAAUGGAGAUUUGUUCCUUUAUACAGUCACAUAUCCUUUUAAUUUCUUAUAGUGACUGUGGCCUCUGUCUCAAUUUUUCCAUCAGUUUACAUUGACAUGCUCCUUGAACAUUUCCUAAAGUUGGUGAGGUUUUUUACAUAUUAGGCUUUAGUCAAACAAACAUUUUUUUAAAACAAACAUUGCUGAUAUGAUAUCAGCAGGUUAUGGUAAAGAGUGGAUAUGAGGAACAAUUUAGAACCCAGAACAGGUACAAAUUGAGUUCAGAAUAGAAUAAUACUGCUUCUCUUCUAACAGUGUAAUCACAGAAUUGCAUAUAUUUAGACAAACAGGAUUUAUUAUUUAAGAAAGCGUCCUGAGUUAUGCUGUAAAUUCUAAAAUAUGUAAAAAUUGAGGGAAUUAGGAUAAAACUUUGAAUUACAUACACAAAAAAAGAAGAAAAAAUUUAUUUCUUCACUAUCAAUAAUUCGUAUUUACCUACUUCCUUCCAUAGGAGGGAUGAAACAGGAAUGAUUUGUCUUUCCAUUUUUAUGAAGUCACUGCUCCAUAUUAGUGUUACUUGGAAAUCUCUCAGGAUGAAAAAAUUUCAUGUGAACAAGCACAGCAUUCUCAAUAAUCUUGAAGUCUGCAUAAGCCAUUAGCCAGUUUUAAGGCUGGCAGUUACUCAUCUGAAUACUCACAUGAAUGCUUUCAUGUGUAUUUAACUGUGCCAGUAGAAACAUGUAGCAUUAAAAAAAAAAAUGAUCAAUCAGCUACAAAGCUGCUACUUGGGUUAGGGAAAGGAAAAUAUUUUCAUGGACCUGCACUCGUGCUGGUUCUCAUGCACAGAGAAGCCCUAAGUCCUGACAACCUUUUAUCUGUUUUUGGAAUUCCAAAGCUCUGCAAAUCGUGGUUGGUGUAUAUGGGUAUAGCUCACCCCAGUGUCCCCUCUGUUCCAGUUGUUCCUGCUUCCCCACAAGCAGAAGGAGAAGCAAGGCAGCUCCCAAAGGUCUUCAUCUCUAAUUCUUCCCUGACAUUUCUCCUGGCAGGAACAGUAAAGGCACAGGAUGACACAUCUUGUGUGGCAGCAGAAUUACACUAUGAAGUUUUAAGCAGGCUUCUCUGGGAUAGAACCUUACCCCGCAGAAAGAGAGUCUGAACUGGCUCCAGUGACAAGGUCCAGACAUUUCUUAAGCAGCUUCUGCAGCUUCUGCCACAGUCAGGAAAAGAAAGGGAAAUCUGCUGCAGGACAGGCUAUGUGAAUGGCACAUUUUCUAAAGUCAUGUCCAAAAGGAUCAAAGGGAAAAUUUUAAUGUAAUUCAUCCUCAUAGGAAGGUCUGCAUAAGGAGGAUGGAUACAUUUUUCCAUGUUUCCAUGGAAGCAGGGAAAGGUGCCUCCUUAUAUGUCAGGUUUGGCAGUGCUUGUGGGCAGGCAGCCCCUCAUUUGAUUUGAAGAGUGAAAAAUCAUUUCCCCACAAUUUUUCUUCUCAUUCUCCUAAAAUUUUGACAAAUGGGAAGGAAAAAUUGUCAAAUCCCAUUGCAUGAAGGCUCAUACCACUGAUCUUCAUUGUCAAAGUGAAGAAAAUGCAAAAACUAACAAAGAAAAAAACUAAAUAAAAUAUAAUAAAACCUCUGUGUACAAAACUUUUAUUUGUUACAACUGACAUAUCUGACAUAUUUGUAAUCUCCUACUAUUAAAACAGUAGCAGAUUAAAAGUAUGAUUAAAAAGCAGAUUAAUAGAAACAAAGUGGAGGAUUUAUCAUGACGGGAACUCUGGCAGAGAAAGAGAGAAAUAGAGGUUAAAGGCAGAAAGAAUAUCCCUGGGAAAUACACCUAGGAAGGUAAAACCAGAAAGCAUUGCUACCACAGUGCAGUGAGUCCGGUAGACAUUCACCUGGAAGACUGCAAAUUCUGGUCUAAAAGAAAGAUGAUAUUCAAUAACACAGGAUCAGAUAAAGGCUCAUCUUAAGAGAAAGCCAAGGAAGAGCUUAGAUGAUAAAGGGAGAUGUAAAUGUGGCAGUGUAGCCAUUACUGUCUGAAUAGAGAUAAUAAAGCAGUUGUGCUUUUAAAUAGAUGAUUUGGGAUAGCCCCAGGAAAGAAGAGUCACAGUUCUGAAUAAAAGUUAAAAUUGGUACAAGAAUAAAUUCAGUCAGCUCUUUUAUGAACAGUUAGGUCUAUAGAAAUCAAGAAGUUUACUUUGUGGGAAGGCGAAAGGAAUAAAGAAACCUUGCUGAUUCGAGAAGAAGUUUUGUGUUUGAAAUUAAUCACACUUCAGUCUAAAUGAGCAAGUAUUAGUCACCUAGGUAUAAGCAUGUUUUCUAGGCAUCUUCCAUAAGGAAUGGGAAACAAAUAGCAACUGCAAAUGUUCAUUCCAGAUAUUCUAGCCACCCAACUCAGAACAGGGAGAAUCUCACUCCAUACCUGAACUUUCACCAUUGGUCCCAUGAGGAGUCACAGACACUAGAGUGUAUUUGGUAUCUGUCCUUUAGAUAGCUCAAGUCAGAUCAAGUGACUACCACUCUAUAUAUUUAGAGAAUGGUAUAUUGACAUUUUUAUUGUGGUGAUUACAGAGUGAAUCCAUUUCUUUGGAUAUAAUACAGGAAUUUAUAGACAGCUCCUGUCUUAAAAUCCUGACUAUGCUAAAGUAGGAAGGCAAUUUUUCACUGGCCUCAGUGAAGCCUACAUUUUGCCUCUUAAAUAUGAAUCAGGUGAAAUAUUGUAGGUCAAAGUCAUAUUAAAUCUCUCUCAACAAGGAGUGUUCUAGCCACUGAGCCCUGUUUUUUCAAAAGACAUUUAUAAUAAUGCUUCAGUAAAACUGCUAUUCAGGCAGUGUCAAUGAAUAAAUAAACUUUUACUUGACUACGGAACAAACUGGCUUGAGAUUUUAUGUGCUCAUAUGCAUUCUAUUGCACUGAUCCUGUGCACAAGUAUUUUGGAUUCUAAAUUGAUUUGCUUACCUAAUGCUGAAAAAUGCUACACAUUAAUAGCAUUUCCUGGGCCAAAUGAUUUGGUUGUGUUAAGGAACCAAGAGCUCCUCAGCAAAACUGUCUUCUAACAGAGAAGUAGUCGACAGUUAAAAGAAAUGCAUAAGAGACAGCUGAGAAAUGCUGGCUCUUUAACAUAUAAGUUGGAUGCUGAGGUCAAAAAUACUUGGGUUUUUUUGUUAUUUAUUUAAAUCUUCCUCAAAGGAAAUGGGGCUGGUUCUCUGAAGGAUAACUGGAAAGCCUUUUGAUAUUCACAGUAGAUUGUUUUGGAUGGCUGCCUUCCAGAAAAUGAGAAGAAAAAUAUAUUCUGUAGAUGGAUGUAAAUAUCCCCUUUUCCAGGGUUUUAACUUAGAAUCACCUCUCUAUAUUGUAUAGGUCACUUUCAGAGGUUUAAUUUUAUCUAUUUCUAAACAGCAUGAGUAUUUAUCUAAUGAUGCUGUGGUGAGGAAUGCUUCAUUCUUCAGGUUAAUAGAGUGCACAGUUGAAAAAAACCUUCACAUGCAAAGUAUUGUUAACUGCUUGUUCAUAGAAGGGAAGGAAAUUACUCAGGCUGAAGAAAUUUUGAAGUUAAGAUUGUUGAUGCUCUUCAGGCUGAUAGAAAAAGAAUUCUCAAAUAAAAGGUGAAAGUUUCUGCAGGAAGCACUUUCUGUCAGGGAAAGGAUUAACAAUCCAGGAAGGUCAGAUAAGGAAAACUGUCAGAAAAUCACUCAAACAAGGGAAAUAUUUUGUAAAAGGUGUGACACAGAGGGAGUUGGUGGGGUUAAAGUCAUGGUGAAAGGUGACGGAGAUGGCCUGGUGUGCUUUGGAGGGACUUUGUGAGGAUUCCUAUUCACAGAGAAUAUGGGACUACCUUGUGAAACUGCUCUGGCCCAUACUGCUUAGGGGUCUGGGAGCUGGAAGCAGCAUCAGAAAAUAAUGGAACUGAAAUACAAGUCAAGAGAGAAGGAACUGGGAACAGAAAAUGUCACAACAUGGAAAACUUCUGUAAAAUGAGUCUUCUUACUAUUGGAUUUGUAACACUGAUGAGUAUUGAAAUGGAGACAGCUUUUAAAUUACAACUUAUUUUCACAGGUUGUGCCAACAUGAUUUAUUACUUCUGUUAAUUUUAAUUAUUUGAACAAAAAUGUUCCUCUGUUCCUGGUGUCUAAAUCUCUAUCUGCCCACAAUCUUAAUUUAUGUCCAAGCAAGACCUUACAUCCUUAGGUAUUUCCCAGUCCACAGAAGCAUGGAAUUAGUCCUAUCUCCUCAUAAAAUUUGGGCUCUUCUGCCAGCAUGGUAAAGAAAGUGGAGACACAUUUUCCUGUCUCUAGUUGAAACAGCCAAAGUUUUUUGAUAAAUGAUGUAACCUGAUGGGUACUGGGGCCUCUUGGUUUGGGAGCUUGGUGGGUUGAUGUGGCAGAAGCAGUGAUGGUUUGUCUUUUACAUGGAAGCAGGCACUGAUUAGGGGAUUAAAAUUCAGAUGGUUUUGUGCUGGAUUGCUGGAAUGGAAUGUGUCUAAAGGGUGGUGAAGAUGUUUGGUGCUGGAGCAUGAGGAAGUUUUGCCAACGCAUUGGUGAGGUGUCACUGUCAAAGAAGUUAGUGAAUGUAACCACAGCCACUGUAAUUCACAAGGAAUUUGACAAAAUCUUUGUAAAGCUAUUGUGCUCUGAAUGGUGUUAAAAUAUAGAAUUUAUGUAAAUGUAAAUGAACUGAUGUUUAGUCAUUGGAAUAAGAUUUUACAGAUGUAUUGUGGGAUAUAUAUAAAAAUGAAUGUGUAAUCUAGAUUAUUUGGGUUAUAAAAGAUGGUGCUUUGACCAUCUGUCAGUGAUUUGCUUUUACUGGGCUAAGGAAAUUGUGGCUAUGAAAAGAAAUAGCAAUUUAUUAGCAAGUUUUGGAUUGUAUGAAUGUAUCUUGAUUUUUGUAAUAAAGAAUGUUAACCCUACUGUUUAA